CUUCUCUCCCUCAGCUUGCUGAGACUGAAGAAGACCAAAAGAAUUUCGGACAGAGAUCACAAAUUUGACAAAUUAGUUUUCUUUUCUUGUUUGACUUCCAAAAGAAAAUCUCAGAUAGAUUCCGGCCGCAUAAAUCUUCUUGCUUUCAGAUCUGAAUUCACCAUCUCCAAUAGAUCUCUACAUAAAUGGCGGUUACUUACUGAUUUCAGGGGAACAAAAGAGACCCUUCUGCAUCUUUCUUUUGCCCACUUUAAUGGCGGAUUCUCGAAACGGCAAGUCCUUCUUCUUCUGCUUCUCCUUCUUUGUCUCGCUUUUGCUUUUCCUUUCGCCUGAUAUAUCCCCGGUUGUCGCCGCUUCCGAAUCCGAUCCGAUUCCAUACGAGAACAGAGAUGCUUCUUCUAGAGUCGUUACCGGCAGCGAAUACAACGGGCAAGAUGUUUCGUUGCAUAGACUGGAGGAACUAGUUAGGAACCUUACGGAAGUAGUUGCUAGAUUAGAAGCUAGGCUAUCUGAAACGCCGUUUAAGGGAAAGAACGAGAUCAGUCGUGGAAAACCCGGUGGUGAGAUCGAAGAAGAAGGGUUCAGAGAGAAAGCUAAGGCGUUUUCCGUGACAAAGUACAGUCCUUUCUGGUCCGAGAGAUUCGAGUUCACAUCGGCUGUGAAAUUAGAUUCCGAUGCGACUUGUGUCAACGUGUUGCCGUUUCGAGAUUACGAAGGUUUAAGCAAGUAUUUCGCAGUUGGGGAUUCAAAUGGUAAGGUCUACGUGUUCUUGAGAAAUGGUGAUGUUUUGGCCGAGUUUUUCACCACCUGUGAUUCACCAAUCACGGCAAUGGUUUCUUACAUGUCUCCGUAUAAGAACGAGAGCUUUGUGGUGACGGGUCACCAAAGUGGAGUCAUUUUGUUGCAUAGACUCCGAGAGGGCUCCAUAGGGGAAGAUUGGAAUUCCGCUGUGAUGGAAAACGUUGGCAAGUUUGAUGGCACGGAGGAUGGUUUGCAAGUGACUUUAUUGGAAGUGCAUCAUGUGGGUCGGGUUAGGUAUAUAUUAGCGACGGAUCUUAGUGGAAAGCUCACUGUUUUCACUGAGAACAGAACGGUUUAUGGCUCUGUUACCCCAACGAGUAGACCCCUAGUGUUCUUGAAGCAGAGGCUUUUGUUUCUCACCGAGACUGGUGCUGGUUCUUUGGACUUAAGAAGCAUGAAGAUCAGAGAAUCCGAGUGUGACGGUUUGAACCAUUCUCUGGCUAGAGCUUACGUUUUCGAUUCCUCGGAACGGUCUAAAGCUUACGGAUUCACAUCCGAAGGCGAAGUCAUUCACGUAUUGCUUCUUGGUGACAUCAUGAACUUCAAAUGUAGAGUGAGGUCAAAGAAGAAGGUUCAAAUGGAGGAGCCUGUAGCGUUACAAGCCAUCAAAGGGUAUCUUCUUGUAGUCAGCCAAGAGAAAGUCUUUGUAUACAAUGUAUCGACUCAACAUUAUGUUCGAACCACCGGUCCUCGGCUUCUUUUCCCUGCUGCACUUGAAGAUAUUAGGUCAACGUUCCUGAGCCAUAGAGAAUCAUCUAAAACCAAUCACCGGAAGCUCGAGAAGGUAACUCCUUUGAUAGCCAGUGACCGGGAAAAGCUUCUUGUGAUGGGUUUAGGAGACGGAUACGUCGCUACAUACAAAUCAAAGCUUGUGAUUUCCAAAGGAGAAUUCAACACAGUGCUUUGGAGCAGCCCUGUGUUCUUCUUCAUACUGUUUUUAUUCGCCGCUUGGCAUUUCUUCGCCAAGAAGAAAGAAUCUCUCACAGCUUGGGGACCCGACGAUCCUUUCGCCUCCACGACGGUACCUUCUUCUUCCUCCAGUGGCGUAAACAGUUCAGCAACAGAACGUUCUUUCUCUGAGCCAUCUAGGAGAAAUGAUGAUCUCAUGGAUCUUCGAAGAAGAUACGUUUCGCCAUCUCGGUACCCUCCUGGAGCAGCAGCAGGUACUUACCGGUCAGUUGUCUCUAACGACCCGAGCUCGAGAGCUCCUCCGGUGGAAUCUACUAACUACAGAACAACCGCACAGGAGAUGAAGUAUCGUGGUGGGUCAGGACUUGAUUCAGGUGGGUUUGGUAAUAGAAGAGAGAGCUUGUUUGGUACUAACAAAGCUUUAGACGACCAAAGUUAAGGCCUCCUCUUUAUUUUGUAUUUUAUUUUUUGCGGUUUUUCUGGUUAUUCUUCUUCUUUUUUACCGGUCAACGCUUGAAUUUUUUUUGUAUUGUGUAAAACUCCGGCGAAGAAAUAAAAAUUUUACCGGUAGCAUUGUUUCUU